AUGUCGGUGGACAGUAGGAAUGAAGUUCAUAUGGUGGUGCUUCCAUAUCCUGCACUAGGCCAUCUUCUUCCCUUGAUCCAUCUUGCAACAAAACUGGCUACAACAGGGAUCAUCGUCACACUGCUCAAUGUGAACAGCAUCCAUGAGAACCUCUCCCGGCAGUGGAGGUGCCCGGAUGGGAUGGAUAUCAGACUGGAGCAAGUGCAUUGUGACAUCUUCAUUCCUUAUGGCAUCGAUGCCAAGGCACUGAAAGACACGGACGGGCUGCUCGAGUCUCUGGAGAGGUUGCAAGCUCCAGUAGAGGAGCUGGUGAGGGAGAUGCAACCGCCUCCAUGCUGCAUCAUUUCCGACUAUUUCAUGCGCUGGGCGGUGGGAAUCACAAAGAAACUUGGCCUCAAAGUCGUCACGUUUUGGCCUGGAAAUGCUGCCUGGAGCUCCAUCCACCACCACACUCAAAUGCUCGUCUCCAGUGGGGACGCGUUCCAAGGUCUCGACGCUUUCAAGUGCCGCCACCUCCCGAGCUACUUCCGGAGGAAGCUGGUAGGAUUCAUUCUUGAAUUUUUUAGUGUCUCAGCAGACCGCAUGAAGGAUGCCGACUGGAUCCUGGUGAACUCCAUCUCGGAGCUGGAGACCCACGCCUUCGAUGCGAUGCAGGGAGCUCUGGCCAACAAGAACUUCGUGUCUGUGGGUCCGCUCUUCCCAUGCCACACCAGCCCGCGGGUGAGCCUCCGCGACGAGAAGAGCGAGUGCCUGGAAUGGCUCCACACCCAGGCCACAAGCUCUGUGCUCUACAUCUCGUUCGGGAGCUUGUGCCUGUUUCCCGAGCGCCAGAUCGUGGAGCUCGCGGCCGGGCUGGAGGCGAGCAAGCAGCCGUUCCUCUGGGCGGACGUCCGGCACGAGUUCGUCAGCAGCGAAGCUCUCCGGGGCUUCGCCGAGCGAUCGAGGCCGAGGGGGAUGGUGGUCUCCUGGGCGCCGCAGCUCCAGGUCCUGGCACACCACUCCAUCGCCGGAUUCCUCUCCCACUGCGGCUGGAACUCGGUCCUGGAGAGCAUCUUCUAUGGCGUGCCACUGCUGGGCUGGCCGUGCCACACCGAGCAGAGCAUGAAUUGCAAGCUCGUGGAGGACUGGAAGAUCGGGCGGCGGCUCUCGGAUGAUCAGGACGUGGCGCGCGGGCGAGUGGAGGAGGUAAUCCGGGAUUUCUUGGAAGGGCAGGGCAUGGGCGAGAUCCGGGCCAGAAUGGCGGCGCUCAGGAGCACGGUGCGCUCCACGACCGACCAAGGGGGAACCUCUCACGGAAACCUCAAGAGAUUCGUUGACGCGGUCAAUGUGUCCGCCAUAGCUGGCACCACUUGGCAUGGCACGAGCCGCCCAUGUGGCAGCCCUAAGAACGACGCCACGUAGCCAAAGCC